CAAAAGGAGAGCACUCGUCUGGAAUACUCUGAAACAACUGGUUUCUAAUGGCGAACCGCUCGCUCAUCGCCGGUCUAAGACGCAUCAAUCGUCCAUUCGGAGCAACUAGUCUCUGGCGAGCCAUAUCCUCACGCUCAUCGCCGCUCGCACAGUCUGGCGUCGGCAAGGACGACCUCAAGAGCGAGAUUUUCAAGCUGAAAUCCCCCAGGCGCAGCGCCACUGCCUUGCUUCAAGAUUGGGUCGACCACGGCCACAAGCUCUCGCUCUCAGAACUUCGACGCAUCUCCAGACAACUUUUGAAAUCCAAGCGCUACCGCCAUGCCAUUCAGAUACUGACAUGGAUGGAAACCCAAAACGGUUUCCGAAUGUCACCGGCCGAUCAUGCUCUCAAGUUGGAAUUAAUCAUUAGGUUGCACAGUUUAAGAGAGGCGGAAGAUUAUUUUACGCGUUUGCCCAACACUGCUUCGCGGAAAGCUGUGUGUCUCCCUCUUCUUCAUGCUUAUGUCGAAGAGAGGGACACAGAGAAAGCUGAGGUUCUCAUGGCAAAGCUGAAUGAGUUGGGGCUGCUUUUGACCCCUCAUCCAUUUAACGAGAUGAUGAAGCUGUAUAUGGCCACGUCUCAGUGUGAGAAAGUGCCCCUUGUCAUCCAGCAAAUGAAGCAAAACAAUGUACCUCGAAAUGUUCUGUCCUACAACAUAUGGAUCAGUGCAUGUGGUGAGGUAUCUGGCAUCGCUUCAGCGGAAAUGGUUUACAAAGAAAUGGUGAAUGAUAAGAAUGUACAAGUGGGAUGGAGCACCCUUUCGACUUUAGCUAAUGUGUAUAUAAAAGCGGGACUUGUUGACAAAGCUACUUUGGUCCUUCGGAAUGCAGAAAAGAAACUAUCUAAUUGUAACCGUCUUGGUUAUCUCUUCCUCAUUACGCAAUAUGCUUCUAUAAGUGAUAAGCAGGGAAUUUUGAGGCUCUGGGAAAGUAGUAAAGAAGUUGGUGGGAGAAUCACCUGUGCCAAUUAUAUGUGUGUACUUUCAUGCUUGGUGAAGCUAGGCGAUCUUGUAGAGGCCAGGAGAAUUUUUUUGGAAUGGGAAUCUAGUUGCCGGAAUUAUGACAUCAGAGUCUCCAAUGUUCUUCUAGGCGCUUAUGUGAGGAAUGGAAUGAUAGACAAAGCUGAAUCAUUACAUCUCCACACAUUGGAGAGAGGCGGAUGUCCAAAUUAUAAGACUUGGGAGAUUCUUACGGAGGGAUGGGUGAAAAGCCAAAACAUGGACAAAGCCAUUAGUGCCCUGAGAAAAGGGUUUGUCAUGUUGAAGCAUUGUGAUUGGAGGCCAUCUCAUGAUAUUCUAAUGGCCAUGGCAGAGCAUUUUGAGAAGCAUGGGAAUUUUGAAGACGCAAAUUGGUUCAUCAGAUUUAUCUGUGAAAACGGCAUUGUGAGUUUACCUUUGUAUAAAUCGUUGCUCAGAAUGCACCUUUGUGCUAAGAGACCAGCUUUUGACAUCCUUGAGAUGAUGGAGAAGAAUAAAGUUGAGAUGGAUGAUGAGACCUCUGCCCUUGUUCAAGCCUUCGAUGCGUAAGUACAGUCAUUCUUACAGAUUAAGUCCUAAUGGCUUCUUGCAAAGACUAGCAGAACACAGUCAUAUUUUUGGAUUGUUUCUUUUUGGAUUAAAGAUUCAUGAGCACGGAAAACC